AUGAGCCUCCUCCGCCAAUUGCGCAGCUCCUCCGGCGGCACCUUCUCCUCCUCCUCGUCAUUCUCUCCCGCGCGCUCGCCCCGCCGCGCCGCCGCCUGGCGCUGCCCGCAAUGCCUGCUCCGCACGCCGCCGUCGCCGCCGCGCCGCUUCCAGCACACCAACCCGGCCGACGACCCCAACUUCUCCUCCAUCAUUGACCAGCCGCCGCAGCUGGUGAAGACGGGGCGGCGCCAUGGGCCCGGUCUUAUUAUCCUCGCACUCAUCCCGCUCACCGCCUUCGCGCUCGGAACCUGGCAAGUGCAGCGCCUCGGCUGGAAAUCCGACCUAAUCGCGCGCUUCGAAGACCGGCUCGUGCAGCCCCCGCUCCCACUCCCCCCACGCAUCGACCCCUCUGCCAUAAAAGACUUCGACUACCGGCCCGUCUACGCCACCGGCCGCCUCAACCACGCCAAAGAAAUGCUCGUCGGCCCGCGCCUGCUGGACGGCGACGACGGCUUCCUCGUCAUCACGCCGCUGGAGCGCGCGGACCUGGGCCCCGGCGCUGCCAUCCUGGUCAAUCGCGGCUGGAUCCCCAAACACUUGCGCCGGCAGCAGGAUAGGGCGCCCGAGGCGCUGCCCCGCGGCGAGGUUGUGGUGAAGGGAUUGCUGCGCGAGCCUUGGAAGCGCAAUAUGUUCACCCCCGAGAAUAGGCCCGAGAUUGGCUUGUUCCAUUUCCCGGAUGUCGAGCAGAUGGCGCGCGUGUCGGGGACGCAGGCCGUGUGGAUCGAGGAGACGAUGAAGCCCGACCUCAUUGAGUCCAUGUCCCGCGCCGAAAAGGGCAUCCCCAUCGGCCGCGCCGCCGAAGUCAACCUCCGCAACAACCACACGCAGUACAUCUUCACGUGGUACGCCCUCUCGCUCGCCACGUCCGUCAUGCUCUGGAUGGUCAUCAAGAAGCCCUCGUCCAGCACGGCGCGCCGCGUGCGCCACAGCAGGGCGUGGUAG